CUUUGACCCGUCAACAAAUUUUGAUUAAACAAUAAAAUAAAAAAAGUUUGUGUAAACAAUUAAUAGAAAUACGAAAUUUGAGCAACAUAAGCAAUCAUAUUGGUCAAAAAUUUAUUUUAAAGCUUUUAAACGUAGCACGUGAACGGCAACAAUAGCUGCAUGGCAAUGGAAUUUUUGUUCGGUUCACGUUCCAGCAAAACCUUUAAGCCGAAGAAGAAUAUUCCGGAGGGAACGCAUCAAUAUGAUCUCAUGAAACAUGCAGCUGCAACACUUGGCUCGGGAAAUUUACGCAAUGCUGUUGCAUUACCCGAUGGAGAGGAUCUCAACGAAUGGGUUGCCGUCAACACCGUUGAUUUUUUUAAUCAAAUAAACAUGCUGUAUGGAACUAUUACGGAGUUUUGCACGGAGGAAAGCUGUGGCAUUAUGUCGGCGGGUCCGAAAUACGAAUACCAUUGGGCGGAUGGCUUAACGGUUAAGAAGCCAAUUAAAUGCAGUGCACCCAAGUAUAUUGAUUAUCUAAUGACUUGGGUGCAGGAUCAGUUGGAUGAUGAAACAUUAUUCCCAUCCAAAAUCGGUGUGCCAUUUCCAAAGAAUUUUCUAGCCUCCGCAAAGACAAUAUUGAAACGUCUGUUUCGUGUUUAUGCGCACAUUUAUCAUCAGCAUUUCUCAGAGGUGGUAACCCUGGGCGAGGAGGCACAUUUAAAUACGUCCUUUAAACAUUUUAUAUUCUUUGUGCAAGAGUUCAACUUAAUUGAACGACGCGAAUUGGCGCCACUCCAAGAACUUAUCGAUAAGUUGACGGCAAAGGAUGAACGUCAGAUAUAGGAAUUAAAGGAAAGAAUGCAGAUGCGGAUGCGAAUGUGGAUGUGGAAGCAGAUACGAGUGGAAACGGCUUGCAAUUGUUGUUGGACGUCUUCAUGUGAUGUCCUGAUUUCAAUUGCAUUUUGGCGCUGUGUAUUACGCUUUAGUUAGUUACCGCCUUUACUUUCUAUCGUUUAUAGCUUUUAUCGUUUGAUCCAUGUUGUAUUUAUCAACAAGGUGAUAUUGUUCCGAAAACUGUUCUCAGCCUGCUCCAAGUUGUGUUUAUGUAAGCUGACGUUUUUCAACACUGAGAGUGCAGACUGAGAACAGUUUGUGGAAAUAUAUAAAAAAAAAACUCAGGCUGAGAACAAUUUGUAGGAAUACAUCAAACUAACGUGUUCUCAGUCUGGUCUCUUAGUGAAAGCUGACGUAGUCCAAUUUACAGAGUUUUAUAAAUAUCUUAAGUUCUGCUCUCAGUUCUCUUCUCAGAUUCGUUCUCACAGUUUCUGGGAAUACGUCACCUUAUAUAAAUACAUUUUAUCUUAGUGACUAUCUCUCAUAGCGUCAAAAUAAGAACACAGACUGAGAACACUUUGUAGGAACACAUCAGCUUGUUGAUAAUACGCCUUGGUGUGUUCAAUGUCCCUCUUAAAAUUAUACGAUAGCGUGUUGUUUUUUCUAAUGAAUACUACGAAACCGAAAA